AUGAAUGUGUUCUCGAUUAGGCUCAGAGUCUCGCCCCGGGCGUAUCUACGAAUUCGUCAGGAGAACAAUCGCGACGACCACCAUUCGCCUGGGAUUUGGCGUUGGCUGAAUGUUGACAUUCUUGAUGUGCCACCGUUUUCUACUUGGCGAAGGUGCUACGAGUCUCAUCCCCGAUCCACUCUCAUCGCCAGCGCGUUGUUUUACGCACACUGGGACAAAUUUAUUUUAUACGGGUGGAGUUCGGCUUGGUGUUCUUCACUAUCUCCAUUCUUCCUGGCGAUAUGUCUGAGUUUGGGAAAUCGACGCGAAGGAGAGAUGUCGGCAUAUUCCGUUUUUAAUCCCAACUGUGAGAGACUGCUCGGACAAAUGACGGCUGAGCACUUUGAACGCGAUGUCUUGCGAAGACGGAUUGAUUGA